GAAAAGCUUACAGAUGACAAUUCGAUUUUUUUCGUCGAGCUCUUCCUUGUUUACGCAUCCCUUCCUACUCGCGAGCUUCACAACACAAUCUCUCGCACCCUGUAAACACACACACAUGUGCGUCUGUGUGUUUGAAUCCAACUUUUCGUAAUUUCAGACCGUUGAACCUUCUUGCCAAAUCAGAAUAAAUGUCUCGAGUUGGAAAUGGAUCAGAAAAUUCAGCGGUGUCCAAGUAUGAUGAAGCGAUGGACGCUUUGUCUUCACUGAUAACAAAACGGAGUCGUGCUGAUAAGAAAAACAAAGGCGAUCGUUUUGACUUGUUGUUUGAUUAUCUGAAGAUAUUGGAACUAGAGGAGAAGAUAAAAGAGAUGAAGGUUAUUCACGUUGCCGGCACCAAAGGAAAGGGAUCUUAUUUCAUGUACCUGACUAUGAAGGGGUCAACUUGCACUUUCGCAGAAUCUAUUCUGCGCAAUUGUGGUUUCCGUACGGGACUGUUCACUUCCCCUCACCUCAUUGAUGUUCGAGAAAGAUUUAGGUUGGACGGAGAAGUUUUUGGCAUACUUCUGGUGGGAGGAGCUUCUGAUGAGAUACCCAUGCCAACAUAUUUUCGUUUCCUUGCCUUGCUUGCCUUCAAGAUUUUUUCAGCUGAGCAGGUAGAAGUUGUCAUUUUGGAAGUUGGUUUAGGAGGAAAAUUUGAUGCUACAAAUGUGGUCGAGAAACCAAUUGUUUGUGGUAAUACACUUGGACAAAUUGCUGGCGAAAAGGCUGGGAUUUUUAAGAGUGGUGUUCCAGCCUUUACUGUACCACAGCCAGAUGAAGCCAUGGCAGUACUAGAACAGAAGGCAUCACAGAUGGAUGUAAAUCUUCAAGUGGUUGCUCCUUUGGAUCCUAGCCUGCUAAGCGGUCUGCAUCUUGGGCUUGAGGGUGAGCACCAAUAUAUUAAUGCGGGCCUUGCAAUUGCACUCUGCACAACUUGGCUUCAUAGAUCUGGUCAUGUUGGAGUCAACUACCUAAACCAGACUACCUCUCUGCCUGAAGAGUUUAUCAGGGGAUUAGCUACUGCUUCUUUGCAAGGGCGUGCUCAAAUUGUCUCCGAUCAGUUCAUUGAGAGUGACAGCUCAGGUGAUCUUGUAUUCUACCUGGAUGGUGCCCAUAGUCCAGAGAGCAUGGAGGUAUGUGCAAAAUGGUUUUGCCUUGCGACCAAGGAAGAUUAUAGAUCUUCUUUUAGCCAGGCUUACAGUGACUCACGGAGAGCACAUGAAUCAGGAGAGAGUGGGCCUCUCAGAAAACAUUCAACUCAGAUAUUGUUGUUCAAUUGUAUGUCAGUGAGGGACCCUCAAUUGCUUCUUCCACGCCUAAUGAGUGCAUGUGCCAGUCAUGGAGUCUACUUUAAAAAGGCCUUAUUUGUUCCAAACACAUCAGUGUAUUACAAGGUGGGUAAUGUUGCCUCACCCUCAGCUGACACUCAAGUCGACGUGUCAUGGCAGAUAACUCUUCAGAAAUUAUGGGAAAGCCUCAUUCAUGGUGAAAAAGGACGAGAAGUGAAGAAUGCAGACUUAACCUGGGAAGCAAUUGUCGAUGAUCCAGAGAAAGGCGCUACUAAUUCUGAGAACAGUACAGUUUUCACUUCACUCCCUCUAGCCAUUAACUGGCUUAGGGACAAUGCUCGCAAAAAUCAAUCUGUUCACUUUCAGGUCUUAGUGACGGGUUCGUUGCAUCUAGUCGGUGAUGUAUUGAGACUAAUCAAGAAGUAACACAGUAGGGUUGCACUCAAUAUUUUCUGUUUUUGGUUUUUCGUUAGUGUUCGUGAUGAUGAAAGCUAAGAACUCUGAUCACCUGAGCCACAGUCAAGGGUCCACAUAAUGAACAUUUUGAGGUUGCAGUUGUGCUUCUGUAACUGUAUCAAAAAUGUACUCUUUGUCGUAGAUGAUAUUGUGAUAAGUUCUUAUUUAUUAUUUUGGUUAUGUUUCUUUUACUAGUAUCACAGCAUCAUGGUAAAAGUAUGAUUAUUUGCAAAAAGAAUUAGGAGUCUCGAGUGACACAAUAUUACAAUAGAUUUUUUGCUAUAAUAAACAUUUUUUUUUUUUGUGCAAUA